AUGGAGGUGGUCGGCGGUGUGCCAGUUUUGUUGCGACAGGAGUGGCUGGUGGUCGGCAGUCGCUUGCGUCUCCGGUCCUCAAAGUCCAUCGCCGGUUUUCAUUCGUCUUCCCCAGACGCUAUUAGCGUCCCUUUUCUUUCAACCGGCGAUUCCGCCGACUCCGGCGACUCCGGCGACUCCCAACGCUCUCCACCGCUGAUUGGGCUACAAACCCUUCUCCCACCGGCCGAUUGUCCUCCAAAACCGAGUCCCACCCACCGGCGGUUUAACUCCAAAGCGAGUGUCCUCCAAUUCCGACGGGAGCUUCGAUUUCGUGUUCAUUUCUCUGGCGAGCAAGGUUCAAGUUCAGCAGCUUCACCACUGAAAAGUUGUUCUAGCUUUCAUUUUGCUGGCAGACAGGAUGUUGAUGUGAACGCUUUUCUUCAAAACCCGGCAUUUGUGACGGCCAUUGGAGACAUUAUUCGCUCGUUUAAAAACCAAGUCAACGAGGAAAACAACGAUGGGGAGGACGGUGGGGAAGACGGUGGGGAAGACGGUGGGGAAGACGAAGACAACUAG